UUUUGAUUUUAUUAGAAAAUGUAUUAAUAAUUGUGUAGAACUAAAACAUUGGUUUACAUCAUUUUUCUGUCCUUGCACAAAUGUGAAAUUUCUAUUACAAUAACAAUAUAAGUUACAGGCGUUACAGCAGCAUCAUGAUUCAUAAAUGCGUUUUCAUGGUAGCCUCUCGAUUCCUAAUUUUGAUAGUAUUUCAAUAUCCAUCGUUUAUAGAUCAGAGCGGUGUUUUCAAAUUUUGGGUAGCUUGGCAGCCGUGAAUGGUCAGGUAUUGAGAGUUUACCCUGGGUCUCUGUAACACAUGGUGUACCACCAAAUGGCCUAGGCAAGCAGACUUAGGAGAAAUGCUGUAUGAGCUGCUCCCCAGGUAUUGAACACUGGGUCGAAUUCUCAAAAAGGAUUGCUCUGCUCCUAUUAUGUCAGUAUAGUGUCUUAAUCUCCUAGGCAUCAUUAGUGCUAAUCUCAAGGCAUGGUUUUGUGUAGAAGGGCACCUCAGGAAUUUGGCCUCGGUUGAUUGUAAUUUCACCGAGGAGGACUUUGAACUGAACCCAUGCAGCAGCCCUCUGACCAGCUCAACAAGCGUUGGCACGGAGAGCUAUAAGCAUAGAAUGGGGGGUCCAAAGCCCUCUAGAAUUUCGUGUAGCGCUCCCCUCACCCGUAAAUUUUUUUCAGUUACGUUUUUAGAAUAUAUUAUGUUGUUCACCAGAUACAUAAUAGAGUAUAGCCCCCCUAUAUAAAUUCAUUACGAUACGCCACUGUGGGCCUAGGUCAGCGAGUCCCGUACACAAAGUGCUCGGAUCGGGCUCGUCUGUAUCCUCAACCUCAAGACGAAAACAGGCUGGACGGACUGGCAGUAGGUCUAGACUCUGGGGGCAGCUAGACGAUUGGGCUGACCGUGCGACGUGCGUACUGCGCUUUGGCCGUCCGCGACUGGCGACGGAUCUUAUCAUGAUACUUAUUAACUGUGUACUGUGUAGGACUAAAACAUUUGGCUUACAUCAAUUUUUCCGUUCUGGUUUAAAUGUGAAAUGUCCAUGAUAGACAUUAGACGAUGGUAUAAGUUAUAACAGCUCCAUUUUCGUGAUAGCCAUCGACUUCAAAUUUUUUUUUCAGGUCAUUCGUUUCGUGGACCGUGAUAACCAGAUAACACAAAAUACGUGUCUAUUGUCCUGUGAUAGAACGGUUUCAUUGGUAUUUUAUAAUUGUUCCCAACUUCAAGGUAGUCAUAUUUUAAUCAUUGCCGCUGCGGUAAUUCAUGUUAUCAAUAUACACGUUAUACAAAUUUUUUUUUUUUAAAUACGAUUUUUCGUAAUAUAAUGAUAAUCACAUCUAUUCUGUGGUUUAAUGUUGUACUUGUAUUGAAUAUUUGAUUUGUAUUAUAUGUCCGCAGUGAUUUCUUUAUGCAUGUGUAUUUAUAAAUGACUGAUCAGUUUUCAGUGUUUCAUACUGGAAUUCGAUUUCUUGGCUGUAGGUAAAAGUGAGUGCUGAAAGUACUCGGUAAAAAACCAAUUUUUCUAGUCGUAUAAUGAGUGUUUGACAAAUCUUUUAUUAUAUAAUUAAUUAUUAUUAAAAACUGUUUUGUAAAAUUUGUUCUAAAAUUGUAUUACCUACAAGCUUAUUAAUACGUAUUUCAAAAAUUAAUUUGUCACCAUGAACUUCAUAUUAAAUUUGACGAUUUCUUUAUCUUUACUCUCAAUCGGGAGCUGCAUAAGAUGGCAUAUGCAACCCAACAGUAGAAAAUGUCUCAGAGAAGAACUCAGGGAAAAUAUAUUGGUCAAGGGUGUGUAUGAAGUAACUCCGGUUGACAAUCAGCAAGUAGACUAUGUUGUUAGAGAUUCAAAAAAUCAUAUAUUGGCACAGAAAGAAGAUAUAAGUUCUGGAAAGUUUACAUUUAGUGUAGAAAAUUAUGAUAUAUUUGAAAUAUGUUUUUCUUCAAAAGUUUCAAGUAAUGAAUAUCAUCAAGGUGCUGUACAAGAAGUUUUUGUGGAUAUAAAAACAGGAGUAGAAGCUAAAAGCUACGAAGGGAUUGCUGAAUCUUUUAAAUUGAAACCCCUUGAGAUGGAUCUAAAGCGUUUGGAAGACUUUUCAGAAGCCAUUGUACUAGAAUUCAAGGAUAUGAAAAUGCGUGCUGACGAAAUGCGUAAUACAAAUGAAUCUACAAACAAGAGAGUCCUCUAUUUUAGUUUGUUUAGUAUGAUUUGUUUAAUUAUGUUAGCAACUUGGCAAGUCUUUUAUUUAAGGCGUUACUUCAAAGCAAAAAAAUUAAUCGAAUAAGAUUCAAAGACAUCAGAAGAAUAAAAAAUAAUAAUACAUUUUACUGUCAUAAUGUUUACACAUGAAUGCCAAUUUUGAAUACAUUUAUCAUGUAAUUCAUUAAAAGUAGUUGUAUCACAUAUUGUAAAUACAAAUUUCAGCAUUUUGAAUCCAUUCAUAGUUCUGUCCAAAUCUCAUUAGAACCAAUCAAUUUUAGUUUAAUAUUGACAUUUGUAAUGUUAUUGAAAAAAUAUUAUACCAAUAGUAAUUUAUGAAAUUAUCGAUUGGUGUAAGUCAAAUAACUAAUAAUUCUAGGUAUGGACUAAUACCAAAAUUGGAUAUAACUAUGGAAUGGACCUGACUCUACCAAAGUAUAAUGUGAUGAGAUAAAACCUAACUAUUGAAGCAUCAUCACAUUGUUAUUUCUAGUCUUUAUCUAUAAUAUUGAAAUAAAUUGACUGUUUUUAAUGUAAUCAUUUAAAUUAUUAUUAUGUUAAUAAAAUAUUUUCAAUUAUAUUCAUUAUUAUUAUAAUAAAAUAUUUCUUGAUACAUAUAUUUUGUUAACAAACUUGUACUACUGUGGUGUAAAAAUAAAAUGAAAAAAAAAAAAAAUGUUUUCAAUGAAUUAUCAGACAAUUAUCAGAUUAAAUUUAUAAAAAUAGUAUUUGAUUGAAUUCCAAGAUUCCAGAAAUAUGAUUUUAUAUUAAUUUUCACCCUCAUAGUGUGGUUUAUAAAUUAAUGAUAGACUAUUAGUUACUUAUGCAACAUAAAACAUACAAAAUAAAUAAUAACUAAACAAUAAAAAUAAUUCACUUAUUAUAAUAUUAUUGUAAUACAACGAUGGUUGAAUUUUAAACACGUUAAGAAAUUUCCAACAAAUAUUAUAAAAUGACUUUUAACACGCUGAGUGCCAAGGUCAAUAAUUGACUGUGUCGACAAACUGAUUAUGCAUCUUUACGCCUUUAUAUUUUACUUGAGUACAAGGCAACGCUUCUAUAUACAUUUGUAGUUAUUCAUUGGUUUUUUUUAGAGCUACUCGGAAGUCAGA